AUGGCAGAGCCACAACCCUCACCCAGCGGCCUCAAGGACGAGGCCGCCAUCAGCUGCUGCUCUGACCCGGACCUCAGCAUCAAGGACUUCAUAACGCAGCAAACGAUGCUGAGAAUUAAGGAUCCUAAGAAGUCCCUGGAUUUUUAUACUAGGGUCCUUGGACUGAUGCUACUCCAAAAGUUAGAUUUUCCUUCAAUGAAAUUUUCCCUCUACUUCUUGGCUUACGAGGAUAAGAAUGAUAUCCCUAAAGAUAAGAGUGAAAGAACAGCAUGGAUGUUUUCCAGAAAAGCUACACUUGAGUUGACACACAACUGGGGCACUGAAGAUGAUGAGACCCAGAGUUACCACAACAGCAACUCAGACCCUCGGGGGUUUGGUCACAUUGGGAUUGCUGUCCCUGAUGUCUAUAGUGCCUGUAAGCAAUUUGAAGAGCUGGGAGUCAAGUUUGUGAAGAAACCUGAUGAUGGAAAAAUGAAAGGUCUGGCAUCCAUUCAAGAUCCUGACGGCUACUGGAUUGAAAUUCUGAAUCCUAACAAAAUAGCUCUGCGAGAAUGCUCUUCAGGGUGUCGGUGA